AUGGUUUGGGUCUACGCGCUACUCGGUGCGCAUACCGCGCUUGCGGCGGCCUCGCUCCUGGAUCGUAACAUGGUGUACCGCUCCCCCCUUGUGGACAUACCUAAGCUUGCCCGUGACACUGAAGCAAUCGAGAAACGUCAUGCCCACUUUGCCAAGAGGCAGAUGCAGGACGCUUCGCCCUUCGAGGACGAUCACUACCCUACCUUCUACGGCGGUGACUUCAGCAAUAGCCCAUACGUCUGGAAUGGGGGCAUUAACUUUACUCAUUCUGUUGCGAGUGGCGAUCCCUACGACACCUCCGUCCUCCUCUGGACUCGUGCAGCGCCCUCCUCGGACUCCGCCACCCAGCCCGACCAGAGCGUCCCCAUCUGCGUCUCGUACACCAUUUCCGCUUCCCCGGACCUCUCUUCUCCCCUCGACUCCGGCUCGGCCUUCACUAACUACGACGUCGACUUCACAGUUAAGGUCGAAGCGACGGGCUUGCCGCAGGACACCGUGCUGUACUAUCAGUUCGCUGACUGUACGGAUGAGGGGAGCGUGAGCCCGUUGGGUAGAACGAGGACGUUGCCGAGUCCGGAUGAGCCUGCGGAUAGCGUCAACGGCGGCGAUCCCUUGACCCUGGCCGUAUAUUCAUGCUCCCAGUAUCAGAACGGCUACUUCAAUGCUUAUGGCGUCGGCACCUAUAACACAAGCGCCGACUUCUUCGUCCAUCUGGGAGACUACAUCUACGAAUCCAUUGGCAAUGGCGACAAAAUCGGUCGCGCGGUCACCGGCCGCGAACUUGCCACCCUCGCCGACUACCGCGAGCGCCUCGCCCAGUACCGCACCGACCCCAGCCUCGUCGCCGCGCACCAGAAUCACCCCUGGAUCACCGUCUGGGACGAUCACGAGAUCGCGGACAACGCCUGGAAAGCCGGCACGGCCGACAGCAACGAUUCCACUGUCGCUUUGGGCGAUAACGCGUCGGGGUGUACGUUCUCUCCCUCUGGCGCGUGCUUUACGGACCGGAAGCUUGCUGGGGUGAGGGCGUAUCAUGAGUGGCUGCCGGUGAGGCAGGUAACGGCGGAUGACAAGUUAAGGAUUUGGAGGGGGUUCCAGGUUGGGCAAUUGUUAGAUUUGAUCAUGUUGGAUACGAGGCAGUAUGACAGGGACAUAACGGAUGUGUACUACAAUACGGAUUUUGUCGCCGGUCUAGCGAACUACGCGAACAGGUCGCUGAUGGGUGCAGAGCAAGAGCAAUGGUUCGCCGACUCUCUUUCGCAGUCUCAGAAUCGAGGAGCUGUGUGGAAGGUCGUCGGGCAACAGAUCGUCUUCACGCAACUCGACAAUGAAGGUUCAUACAACUACGAUGCUUGGGAUGGCUACACUGCUAAUCGCGCGCGCAUCUUGAAUCAUAUCACGAAGAACGGUAUCGACAACACCAUCGUGCUUUCCGGGGACAGCCACGCAAAUUGGGUGUCCGAUAUUGCUUACCCCAAUGACACCAGCUACGAUCCAGUGACGGGGACUGGCGCCCUAGGCGUCGAAUUCGCUGGCACUGCUGUCACUUCUGGAUCAUCCUUCGGAUCUCUCGCGCCUGCCGCCGCUGACAAUCGCUCUGCCGCCCUUGUCGCAGCCAAUGCUCCUCUGCAGUGGAGCGAGGGGUACUAUCGCGGAUUCUUCGCACUGACGAUCUCGCCUGAGUGGAUGAAUGCGACGUACUAUGCGAUGCGGAAUAUCAGCUACGCGAACUUCGAUGCUUUUGCGAGCGCGAACUUCUCGGUCAAGGCUGGUGAGAAUAGACUUACACGACCGGUGGCCGGAGGUGCAGUGGGAGCGGGCGCAUUGAAGUUGAUCGACUAGAUUCAGAGGCGGUGUAGACGCUUCUUGGACUUGUGUUCUUUCUCUAGAUCGCAUUUAGGUCGACAUGUAGUACUUGCCAAUAACUUCAUCUGACCACUUUCGCUCUUCAAACUUCAGACGCGACCUCGGCGGGACGCGUCGCGCCGAUCUAGACAUC